CACAAAUCCCAGCCACUCUUUGUUUCUGGAGGAGAUGAUUAUAAGAUCAAGGUUUGGAAUUACAAGCUGCACAGGUGUUUGUUUACGCUUCUUGGACAUCUUGAUUAUAUCCGAACCGUUCAAUUUCACCAUGAGUACCCCUGGAUCAUUAGUGCAAGUGACGAUCAAACAAUCCGGAUAUGGAAUUGGCAAUCCCGCACUUGCAUUUCUGUCUUAACGGGACACAACCAUUAUGUGAUGUGUGCCUUAUUUCAUCCCAAAGAAGACUUGGUUGUUUCAGCAUCUUUGGAUCAAACUAUUCGAGUUUGGGACAUUGGAGCAUUGAGGAAGAAAACUGUUUCUCCAGCUGAUGACAUCCUGCGAUUGAGUCAGAUGAACUCUGAUUUCUUUGGUGGUGUAGAUGCUGUUGUGAAGUAUGUCUUGGAAGGCCAUGAUCGCGGGGUUAACUGGGCUUCAUUCCAUCCCACACUCCCUUUGAUUGUCUCUGGAGCAGAUGAUCGUCAAGUGAAAAUUUGGCGCAUGAAUGGUACACGCG